UUGGCUUCUCAAUAGUUGAUUUGGAGCGUUUGUUUACGAUCCUCUGUUGCGGCCGCCUCGCCGUAAUGACGUCACUACUGACGCCUUCAUUCAGCGUCGAGUCUUCAGAGCUGAGAAGCUCGUCCUUCUUCAGUUCAGCUGUAAAUACUGGAGUAUUUCCAUCAGUCUACAAGUGAAGACGAGCAUCAGACCAUCAGGAAGAAGAGAAAUCUGCAAAGACAGAGUUUAUUGAAGGACAGUGAGAAGAUGAGUGAUCCAGAACCCUGCAGAAUUAAACAGGAAGACACUGAAGAACUAAUAGAUGUGAAGGAGGAGAGUGAAGAACUGAGUGAAGAUGUGGAGAAACAUCAGGUCAAAAGUGAAGAAAAAACUCAAUCAGAGACUGAACACUGUAUUUUAAUGGACAAAACAGCCAUAAACGAUUUGACCUGCACUCAGUGUGGAAAGAGUUUCAAGCGUAAAAACACUCUGAAUCAUCACAUGAUGAUCCACACUGGAGAGAAACCCUACAAGUGUUCACACUGCGACAAGAGAUUCAGGGAUUUGGGAAACCUGAAAACACAUGAGAGGAUUCACACUGGAGAGGAACCGUAUUGCUGCACUGAUUGCGGGAAGAGUUUCAGACAUUUAUCUUCUCUACGAAGACACACACAAAUCUUUCACAACCCGAUGGUGAAGAAGGAGGAAAGUGCCAGAGCUCAACAUUUAUGUUCUCUGUGUGGAAAGAGUUUUACGCAACAGUCAAGUUUAAGGAAACACCAGAGGAUUCACACUGGAGAGAAACCACACUCAUGUGCUCAGUGUGGGAAGACUUUCAGACAAUCAUCAACUCUUAAUACACACAUGAAGAUCCACACUAGAGAGAAAACUACACUGCAACGACAGAUGUGUCAAAAACCGACACACAUGGUUGUGUUUAUAGCACUCUGACACAUGCUGUGCAGAUUUUUAACACACAAUGUGUAAUUUGUUUUUGAUGCCUCGCCAUAGAUCAGCGGUGUCCAAACUCGGUCCUGGA